AUGGAGCUAGCCGCCGGAGAGCCAUCCAUUGGCGUUCAAUCGGCCCAAUCCAGCAUUUCACAUCGCCAUCAUCCAUCAUCAGGCGCUCGUCCCGGGACUUCCCCGAUCGAGGCUGCGGACGAGACACCGGCGAAUCCCCGCAAGAGGAAGAAGGCAUCCCGAGCCUGCGACUUCUGCCACGUCAACCACCAACCCUGCGACAACGGCAAACCCAAAUGCAGCGUCUGCACCAAGCACAACAAGCCCUGCCUCUACCUGCGCCCAACCAAACGCCGCGGCCCACAAAAGGGCUACCGCACCGCCCUCAACACCUACAAAGAGAGCGCCGCCGCCUGGGGAGCCGUUCUCGGCGCCAUCCCCGGCCUAGACGCCCUAAUCGAGGGGCAUCUCCUGCGCGGAGGCGGCGGGAGUGGUUCUGUAGUAGCUUCGGUCCGGGACUCGGCACAGCAGGAUGCGUUGGUAGCGCGAUGGCAGGAGAGUUCGGUGUUUCGGGCUUUUUUCGGGCAUAAUGGUCCGCCGCCGGGGAUGAUGGGGGCUGGUGGUGCGGAUGGGAUGGGGGAGUGUGCGAUGGCAGCGCCGGCUGUGGCUGUGCCGUCGCAGGAGGUUGAAGAUGAUGAGGAAGAGGACGGGGACGAGGGGGUGUUUGGGACACCACCUACUCGGUUAUCAGCUGCUCGGAGAGCGUCACAGUCACAAGCACGAUCGCAAUCACAACGUCUCGGGGUCGAUCUCCCAACGACAACACCAACAAAACCAACCACCACCACCACCACGAACCUCCCAUCCCAAACCAUCCAGGAUUCCCUCUCAGACCUUGUCGCCCGAGACGCCGCCCGGUCUGGCAUCCGCGCCUCAGAAACGCUCGCCUCCCUCGGAUUCGCCCCAGACGAAACCAUCGCCGACUUCCACACCAUGGGGUCGAACCCGGAACCUUUACUCGAACCCAACGAUGCCGAUUUCGAUCCGUCGUUGGGGAGCGAGGCGGAGCAGAGGGCGUAUUAUGAGUUGUUGAUGGGGAGGUCGUUUUUGGGGUGA